AUGGCUCUUUCCACUAACACUCCGGAACCACCAGGGGUCAAAAACCCCUCCACCACUGGCUCAUCUCCACCAUUGCCAACCUCAUUCACACCAAUCUCACCCUCUUUGACACCUCUUUACUCGCAAGUAGCUACUCAGAACGCACUUCCACUUCUCAAAAAGCAACCUCAUGUUAUCUUCAGCUCUACAAAUAACAUGACCCCACGUACCUGGCGUGUAGGGUCCUCUAAGUUUUCAGUUUUUUUCACUGUUCCACCCAAAUCCUCACCCAAGUUUGACCCUUUCUGGAGAGCUCUUCUCUCAGCCUAUCCUCGCGAGGUUAACAUGGGCAUCACUCUUGGCUCACACUCUUCCCCUGAUACAUGUGAACUCCAUCUACCUACCAGUGCUGACUGCAAGCAAGCGUGCUCUCAACCUUUGGUAGUUGGCGAUUCGUCUUUCCCCGCUCAACCUGCUGUUCCCAUUGGCACAAUUGUUCACCGUGUUUUCCUAACCAAGCUUCCUCGUGUUCCUUAUCAUGACCUGGCUACACAACUCGCCAAAUGUAUGUCUCCUUUUGGCAAAGUGUGGGAGAUCGCCAUUCAUGAAUCAUAUGGGUUUUUUGACGGUUCUGGCUAUGUUGUCCUCACCAAUACACCUACCAACGAUGUGCUAUCAGAUUCUCUGACGUACCAAAUUGCAUACAACGAUACGCAAAAGAUUCUUGGUAAGUGGCCUUCCAUGGGCUCCCACUGCACCUACUGUAAGGAAAUGGGGCACUACGUCGCAAAAUGCACCAAACGCCCAGCCAAAACCCGAAUGUGUUUUGGAUGCAACAAGACCGGUCACUUACAAGCCAAUUGUCCAUACAUUACCGAUCCUUCCAAGACAUCCAAGACGUCCAACAAGCGCUCCCGCCACCCCAACCGCAAUUCGAAGCUCAAUCGCCCCAUCAUUGCGCCCAAGCCUUUGAUUCCCACUGAGCUCUCACUCAUCUACAGAGGAUUGGAGGCCUCCAAGCACAACCCUCGUCAACCUGCUUUACAUGAGUUGUCUAAGCUGUCUCCCACAAAGACCACCUUCACUCUACCAGCACCAACUGAGACGCCCAUGUCCUCUGGCCCUCGUCCUCAAAGCCGUUCUGUUGACACCCCCACGCAUGGCUGGGUCAAAGAGAUAGAAGACAGAAUGAUAACUAAUCUCAUGGAUAGAGAUGAGGCUCAGGCUCUCCAACUCCAGUCUGCCUCUCACCACACUCAUCUCCGUUUUCCCCGGCCGGCACGUCCAACAGGCCGCAAUACAUCUCUCUCUCCUCCUCACUUUACUCACCCACAAGCCACAAAAGCCCUCGGCGCAGAGGGAAUCAAUAUUUUAGUCCUGCAAGAAACCCAUGCCUCAUCAUCUAUGCUUCAAUCUAUCUUUGACCAACAAUUUCGGUCCUCUUCAUCAUUAUGGUCUCCACACUGCGGUGUUGCGUCAUCUAUGCGCCUGCUUCCCAAACUCCACGUUAUCGUUUUCUUGCCUCUUUACUGCACUCCUGACCUCAUCCCUCCCAAUCCUUCAAACUUUAUUCUAUUGGGCGAUUUUAACCAUGCAAUUCACUACCACUAUGCUCUCGGACGUCGUGCUCCAGCUGACUGGCUACAGUUUAUAGAUACCAAUAUGACUGACUGUAUCACUCCUCGUGGCCAGCACCCGCAGCCUACGUUCCACCGAGCCCUGUCUUCCACCACCAUUGACUACAUCCUUGCAUCCUCAAACCUUCACCCUUGCACUACAGACCCACAAGUGAGCUAUAUUCACCAGAAAUGGUCUGAUCAUUGUCUGGUUGCAGUCAGUCUGUCCCUCCCUUCAACCAAGUCUUCUGGUAAGGGACUUUGGCAUGCUAACCCUCGCCUAGCACAAUCACUUUCAUUCCAUACCAAUCUCAACACUCUUCUCUCCACCCUCGUUCCUGCCCUUCGUGCUGAUCUUUCUCCUUAA